CUAGGGGAAAGGUCAAGGCUGGGCCCAGCAAGGCGAGGCCUAGUGCCGGUCAUACUGAACUCCACUCCAUCCUGCUCUACACCAGUGGGUCUCAACCUUUGUUCGUUAGCGCCCCCUUAACAAAUUUCAAAUGGAGGUGUGCACCUUAGAGGGAACUAUCCGUGGACCACCUGAAUGGAGCUUGCGGACCACAGUUUGAGAAUCUCUCAUCUAAAGUAUACACAUACCAUAUAGAGGAGGACACACUUAUGAUGGUAAUUUAUCUUUUAUUACCUUUGUGAGCCUCGCUGAAGAAGUAGUUUAUUAGCAGAGAUUCUGAUGUAUAUCACACACUGGCUUUUUUCUCUUCUCCCUCCCUAUUACAUGUAGAACAUAGUGCAACAUAUAUAGUAGUUAUAUCAAAACACUUCUAAAUGCCCAUAACAAAAGCCCCACACAGCCCACUGUACUUCCUAAAACACUCCAACACCUGUGACCCUUGUUGAAUGAAACUAUAAAAUAACUAACAGAGUGUCCUGUGGCACCUUUAAGACUAACAGAUGUGUUGGAGCAUAAGCUUUUGUGGGUGACUACCCACUUCGUCAGACGCAUGUACAUAUCAAAUAACUGUUUGGUUUAAAGUGAGGGGGAGGUGGGAGAGAACUACCCUAGAGAGAGUAUCCUCCAUGAAGAUCAUGACCUAGUUAAUUCAUGCCAUUUCCACUGACCACAGGGUCUGGGCUCACCUGCAGAAUAUCACAAUAGAUAAAUCCCUGGUUGGUUUGUUGUUUUUACCUCAAAGCAAAACUUCCUCCCUUCCUGGGAAAGUGUGAAGUCCUAGUUCCUGGGUACAUGUUGUAUCUGUGGCAUUUGCAUAGGCUGUCUAUGUAAAUAGUCCAAGGUACUUCAGGGUCUGAGAGUCUAGCAUUGUCUGAGAGGCAGUAAGUGUCCAUUAUAUGCUUCCCAGCCCCUUCUCCAGAGAGCUCUGUACCAACAGCAUGAUGCUUUCUCCUCCAUUCAUUUUAUAUUUGUAUCUCUUGGCUCCAUGUUAUUGGGCUUUCAUAUGCCAGAACAUGGAGCCUUCUUCUGAAUUCAGCAUGGACGGGGAUUACACGAUUGCAGGAUUUUUCCGAUUGCAUAGCUACUCAACAACAGUGAAAUCUAGACCAGAAGUUGACAUAUGUGACAGCGCGGCCUCUGUAAACAGCCAUGGCUACCACCUGUUCCAAGCCAUGAGAUUCGCCAUCGAGAAGAUAAACAACUCCAGCAGCCUCCUCCCCAAUGUCACUUUGGGCUACGAGAUCUACAACACAUGCUCAGAAUCUGCCAACAUGUACGCAACACUGAGUAUCCUUGCCCAGAGCAGGCAGCACCACGUGGAAGUGCUCAGCAACUUCACACACUACCAGCCCAAGGCCGUGGCUUUGAUAGGGCCAGACAGCAGCCAAUUUACCCUCACCACCGCAGCUAUCCUGAGCAUCCUCCUUAUGCCAGAGAUUAGUUACGAAGCCUCCAACGAGAUGCUGAGCCUGAAGCGUGCCUACCCCUCGUUCCUGCGCACCAUCCCCAGCGACAGGCUGCAGGUCGAGGCUGUGGUGCUGCUGCUGCAGGAGUUCGGGUGGAACUGGAUUGCGAUGGUGGGCAGUGAUGAUGCCUAUGGCAGGAAUGGGAUAAAGACCCUGCAAGAGGUGGUGGCUAAGCAUGACAUCUGUGCUGCCUACCAAGGAAUCAUCCCCACGAAGGGGGGCGCCAGCAGCCCAGAGCUGAAGAGGAUGGUUAGAGUCCUUGUGGGGACCGGGGUCAAUGUCACCGUCGUCUUCUCCAAUGUGGACAGUGCUAAAGCCUUGUUUGACAUGGUGGUUCAGGAGAAUGUGACGGAGAAGGUGUGGCUGGGCACUGAGGCAUGGUCUCUAGCCUCGGAAGUCUGGAGCAUCCCCGGCAUCCACAGAAUCGGCACCGUGAUUGGGUUGUCAGUCAAGCAGGCAAAGCUUCCAGGAUUGGAGGAAUUUGAAUCUGCCCAUGUGAGUUCAGAGAAAAGUAAUGUAGCCACGUGUGCCCCUGAUUUGGGUGCUGACGGGAGGGGUGGCGGGAGCAGCAGUAAGGAGAGCACCAGCCAAGGCUGCAAUCAGAUCUGCACAAGGUGCCACUCACUCACUUCAGCACCCCAGACGUUUGACAUUUGGACCUCCUUUAACGUGUAUUCGGCCGUCUUUGCUGUGGCCCACGGCCUGCACCACUUGCUGGGUUGCUGCUCGGGAGCGUGCAGCAAGGACAAAGUCUAUCCCUGGCAGCUCCUGGAAAAAAUCAAGCAGGUGAAUUUCACUCUGCAGAAGAGCCAGGUGCAUUUUGAUACCAAUGGGGAUCCCCUGACAGGCUACGACCUUGUCGUGUGGAAGUGGACUGGCCAGACCUGGUCUUUUGAUGUAUUUGGGUCUUACGUCCAAAACCCAGACAGACUGAACAUUGGCCAGGAUGGAUUCCUCUGGCAUACAAAGGAUAAUCAGGUGCCUGUGUCAACUUGUUCAAAGGUCUGUGUAAAAGGAGAGAAGAGGAUGCAGGUGGGGCUUCACCAAUGCUGCUUUGACUGCGUGGCCUGCCCCACAGGAACCUUCCUGAACAGCAGUGACCUCUACAAUUGCCAGCCCUGUGGGACAGAUCAGUGGGCCCCAGUGGGGAGUGAAAUCUGCUUCAAUCGGACCAUCGAAUUCCUGUCCUGGGCCGACCCCGUCUCCUGGGCCCUGCUGACUGGCAUCACCCUGCUGCUGCUGCUGCUGGCAGGGACAGCUGCCCUCUUUGCCCAGAACCUCACCACGCCAGUGGUCAAGUCGGCAGGCGGGAGAAUGUGCUUCCUCAUGCUGGGCGCUCUGAUCUGUGCCUGCUGCAGCCUCUACUGCUACUUUGGGGAGCCCACCUGGCACACGUGCCUGCUGAGGCUGCCCGUCUUCUCCAUCAGCUUCACCAUUUGCCUCUCGUGCAUUGCAACCCGUGCCUUCCAGAUCAUCUGCAUCUUCAAACUGGCUUCUAAGUGGCCUGCCUUCUAUAGAGCCUGGAUGAGGCACAAUGGACCAAACCUGUUCAUCGGAGCCUGCACAGCCGGCCAGCUGGUGAUGUGCCUGGUCUUGCUCAGCACCAAUCCCUCAGUGCCUAGGAAGGACUACAAGACGUUUGUGACGCUGAUCAUCUUCCAGUGCUCGGAAGAUGACGCUGUUUGGGUACUACUCUACAACAUAUUGCUCAGUAUCUGCUGCUUUGUCAUCAGCUACAUGGGGAAGGACCUGCCUGAGAACUACAACGAGGCCAAGUGCAUCACCUGCAGCCUGCUUAUCAACUUUGUCUGCUUCAUCUGCUUUCUCACCACCUAUGUCUUCUACCAGGGCGAGUACCUGGCGGCCAUCACCGUGCUGUCCAACCUGACCACCCUCUCCGGGAUCUUUGGAGGCUACUUCCUCCCCAAAGGCUACAUCAUCCUCUUCCGAGCAGAGCUCAACACCACUGAGCACUUCCAGAUGUCUAUCCAGAGUUACACCACGAAGAAGAGCUCGGACUGAGCCCACGGGCAGGGGAGCAGGGACACCUUGGGGUUUAUAUGGGGUGGGUGGGGGGAGGUCCCUCACAGCUAUUGAUCUCUGUGCUCUCAGCCUCCCAACAUGGGGGAAGAGGGUGAGAGAUGUGUGCAGGGAGCUGCAGGGGGGCUCUAUUGGGAGCUGGGGAUGAGAUGGGGGUGCAGAGGGGUGGAGAGAGAUGAGCUCAGGUCUGUGACUGCCUGCUGGGCUGUGAGGUGAGAGUAGCUGUGUGGGAAUGGGGGGGGGGGUAAGUGAGCAACAUGCCCUGCAGGGGGCACAUGGGAGGACGCUGGCCACAUGGGGCCAGUGCUGUGGGAGGUGGCAGCAAGAACAGGAUCGACAGGAGCUCCCCCGUUUCAGUUAGAACCUGGGCUCAGGGCCUUGCCUCACUCCCAGCCAGCCUGUGGGGUGAGGGACAACUCAGCCCAUGCUCUUCGUCUUCCCUGCGAGUGGACGGGCGGCCCUGUGACAGGGCUGCAUGCAGGGGCCUGUGCAGGGCCCGGAGGUGGUGACCCCAUAGCCUGGAGGGGGGGAGGGAGUUUAGGGGCAGAGCAGCGAGGUCAGCCCAGGGCAGUAACACUUUGCUGUCCCCUUUGCGGCUCCCCCCACCUCCAGCCCUCCAAGGAACAGUGCUUCCCAGAGCCCCAUCCACACCGGUCCUGCUGCCAACUCCAGGGCUGCACUUCGUAUGAGCUAGUGCACAUCCUUAGCCUGGCUCUACGGCUCCAGCAUUUCAGGAGCACUGACUCCCACUGCUAUCCCCUGCCUGGCAUCCUCAUAGCCGUAAGAUUGCAGUGCUGCAUGCCACCCGCCCAGUUCCAGCCUAAGUUGCAGAUCACAGACCUGGAGACAGCAGCAGGUCCCAGGGGGGCCACAUCCUCCAAGACCAGACUGCUGUAGGAUAUGGGGACUGGAAUGGAAAAGAGGCACAAAACCAGAUGGCACAAGUCAUUCUACAGUACUGUGUCCUGGCUAUUAAACACCUACCCCCAAGAGAGAUCUGGGCUUCUCUUUUCUCCCUACUAAACGGGUGGAACGCCCAGUGAGCGGGGCUGGGUGGGGAACGGGAUCCCCAUGAGCCCAGCACCUCGGAACAGGAGGCUCUUGAAGAUUUGCUCAUGCCCCUGGAACUGAGUGGCUGAUGGUCUCUCAGGCUGGUUACCCGAGAGACGUGAGAACAGCUUCCUGGGAGGCUCAGGCCAUUGACUUUGUCAGCUCAAGGUGGAAAGGGAGAGGCUGAGCACCCUGGCCAGCCUAGGAUAAAAACGCCCCUUUUCUCUCGGGUGCUGAUGUGGGCAGAGAGCGCAGGUGCAGCUGUGCCUAUGUAGCGCUCCUCGUGUAGACUAGCCCUGAGUCACUUGGUGACUUGAUAAUCCUUUACUACCUUUCCAGAUGGGCCUGAUAAUUGAACAGGGCUACUUGGCCCCAGCCCCCAGCCCGUAAAGGGGGCCGAACACCUGUUACACAACCACAAACACGAAGCACUGUGCACACACCCAUAUACAAACAUUGCACACACUCCUCCCACACACUAUACUAUGUAGAGGGGCACUCGCUCGGCCCUAGGGGGUUGUGAACAGGCACUUGCCUUCCCAUCUUUGUCAUCCAACCACCCCCUUCAGUAGAACGACUCCCCUUCCUCCUACAGGCUCAGUGAAGUCAGACUAGUUAAUACCUGAGGGAAAAUUUGCAGGGAACCACUAGUGCUGGUGCUUCCCCCUUAGAGUCGGUAAGGAGCUGAUAACCUAGGACACUGCUGCUGGAGAAGCUGUGACACUUAGCUCCUGACCCCUAUGGCCAGUGAAAAUCCUGUGGCUGUUAUGGGGGAGAGUGGAGAAGGAAUCAGUGUGCACCCAAUUCCCAUUGAGCAAGAUCACAAUCUGCCUCCCUAACCCUGCAACAGUUUCAUUUGAGCCUGGGAUUCUUUUUCACUUCCUCUCUGGAACUCUGGUGUUACACUGCUGUCUGUCUGGCUCUGCCGCCCCAGAGGUGGCUGCACUUCUGUGCAAGGUGAAGUGAUCUGUGUACACCCCUUGCAGGGUGUCGUGAAACUUUCUGGGCUCAUAUUUAUAAAGGGCUUGGAAAUGCUAGAGAUGUGCAGUGGCAUCACUACCCAUGCCUACCUUCUUUACCAUCAUUAUCCUGUGGAUUACUGUAGAGCCGAGAGACCCAGCCCAGAGCAGGGCCCCGCUGUGCAGCACACCAAGAGGCAGCCUCUGCCCCCAAAGCACUUACACUCUAAAGAGACUAGACAGGAAGGCUGCUGGGGAGGCGGAGGCACAGUGCUGGGUUCUUACAUCACCACCACGCUGCGGCGCUUCCUCCCAUUUUCUGGAGCACGUUCACUGU